AUGACAGACAAGGCUUCUCAACAAGGCUAUUCUCAUGUCAAUGCUGCAAACAUGAACAUUGAGCCAGGUACAAUGCCGUCUCAAGAUCAUCCUAGCCGCCCUCGUCGUAGCCGGGCCAAAAUUAUACUUUUUAUAGUUGUUUUAAUUAUUACACAUGCCAUAGUGAUUGUAGUACUAGACAUGACCAUUUUCAAAGUGAGGACUCCCGAGUACCGGUUCAAUUCAGUCAGCCUCAGCGAUGUCAGCACCAACAGUUCCUCCACCAAGUCGUCGUUCCAUAUGAAACUUGACACUGAAGUUACGAUCAAGAACAAGAAUUUCGGCCCAUACGAGUACUAUGACUGCUACCUGACUAUCUUUUACAGGGGAAAGAGUGUUGGAGAGGUUGUGGUCAAGGAAGCAAGUGUCAAGACAUUAUCUACUAAGAAGCUGACAUUCGGCAUAAAUGUUAAGUACUCUGAGACUACGGCGUCUGGUAAAACAAAUUUGAAGAAUGACAUUUCUGCGGGUGCUUUGAUGAUGAGCAGCAAGUCAGAGAUGAGAGGGCAGGUGAAGCUUUUGAAGAUACUCAACAAGGACAGACAACCAGAAAUGCAAUGCACCAUGUCUAUUAAUUUAGCAGAAAAAGUUGUUAGGGACUUGAAAUGUGACUAG